UCCAGUAGCCUACCACUCUCCCAGCGCUGAGCAAUGCAUAUGCAUUGACCGGUUGACUGACCCUCUCCUCCCCCGCUCUCCGUCAGUCCCUCGCUCGUUGUCCCUGCGCCUGCAGCUCCUUCCACUGUUGCCGCGCGCGUGCCGUCCGUCCGCGAGGUAACGACAGUCCAAAAUGGAGAAUCCUGGGAAGGACCACGAAGAUGCGCUCAAGGAUGUUGAAUUCAGGGAGCAACAUGGUCGUGUGGAUCUCAACCGGCUUUUGGAAAUAGCAAACACUGAGAGAGGCGCUUUUCAAAUGCAGUCCUUUGUGAAGCAGUGGGAAUACAAGAGGGCCAACACUGCCCGGCUCCUGAAUGAAGAGCUCGCUCGUCUUUCUGAGCAGCGAAAGGAGAUUGAGCAAAAGAAGCAACAAAUGCUAGAGGAGGAACGUCACAAUGCCCUGAAGUGUUCGAGCCAAGAGAGCAGUGACCUUUCUCAUGACCAGGAGCUUGAAGAUGAUGCAGAGUAUGACACUGUUUCCUACUGGAAAUGGCGAGCGCUGCGGUCGGAGAAAGCGCACGAGGCAGACCUGCAAAGGGAGCGUUCCUUGGAGGAGAAGCUGGAGGAGUAUAUGAAGAAAUUUCAGUCAGAAACACCGGUGGAAGAAUUCUCUGCGGUAUUAAAACACGCCGAUUAUUUCUUGCACCUGAUUCUCCAAAGUUCUCCCGUUGUAAUUGCUCAUCAGGAUGCUGAGUUGCGGUACCGCUACAUAUUUAAUCACUUUCCGACACUGGCAGAUGAGGAUGUUAUUGGUAAAACAGACCAUGAGAUAUUGUCAGGAGAGGGGAUAGACGAGAUGAAUAAGGUCAAGAGAGAGGUUAUGGCCAAGGGUAUACCGACUAAAAGAGAGUUUGUAUUUGAUACUCCAUUGUUUGGACCAAAGACCUUUGUGGUAUACAUCGAACCGGUCUUCAGCAAGUCUGGGGAAACAAUUGGUGUGAAUUAUGUUGCAAUGGACAUCACAGACCAGGUGAAAACAAGAGAGAAAAUGACAGACAUAAGGGUGAGGGAAGCUGUUCAAAAAGCCAAGGAAACAGAGCAUAGCAGAUCACUUAAUAUUAUAGAGGAAACAACGCAAGCAGCACAAACGCUAGCCACAAUGUCACAUGAGAUCAGAUCUCCCCUUUCAGAAGUCCUUAGCAUUGCCGAAAUUCUCGCAACUACCAAACUGGAUCAAGAACAACAUCAGUUGCUGGAGGUUACGUUAUCCGCUGGAAAUGCUGUGUUACAGUUGAUCGAUGGCAUCCUUGGUCUCUCCAAAGUAGAGUCAGGAGUUAUGAAACUACAGCCUGCAAUAUUUAGACCAAGGGAAAUAGUUAAACAUGUACUCCAAACUGCAUCGUCAUUUAUGAAGAAGGAAUUGAUACUUGAAGGGUGCAUAGGUGAUGAUGUUCCAUCAGAGGUCAUAGCUGAUGCGCAAAAGAUUCAGGAAAUUCUGAGAUACUUGAUCAGUUUCAGCAAUGCGGUGAAGUUUACACAUGAAGGGAAGGUUGGGAUAAACCUUAAUAUUGUAGAUAAGCAGCAACUGGAAUGCAAAAUAGAACAUACAAGCCCAGUUAACACUGCAACAGAAUAUUAUGCUGCCUGGCCAAGCCAUAGCGGUAAAGAUGCCUCGAGUUGCUCAAACCGUGAAGAUGCUCAUCAGAAUGGCAUUCCAUCAAAUGAAAAUUGUACGGAGGAAACUGUUUGGCUUCGCUUCGAUGUUUAUGACACUGGAAUGGGGAUACCAGAGAAGUCAUUACCUUUUCUGUUCAAGAGGUAUAUUCAUGCCAAUGGUGAUCAUACAACAAAAUAUGGUGGGACAGGGCUUGGCCUUGCUGUCUGCAAGCAGUUGGUGGACUUGAUGGGCGGUACUCUCACUGUGAUUAGUAAAGAGAAUGAAGGGUCAACAUUUUCAGUCAUGCUGCCUUGCACAAUUCCUGCAAGAGAAGCGCAGUGAUGCUCCUGACAAUGGGCAAAACUCCUGUACCAGAACUUUCUGGGAGUACUACAUUUUUUCUGACUGCUGAAAUACCAGCUUUUGAAAAGGCAAAGAUGUUUCAGGGCUGAAAGCAUGAGUAGUAGUAUAAGCUAAAGAAUGUGAUUUACAGUU